UUUAAAAAGCUGUCAGUUUGAAUGAAAUGUCGGAGGUGGAAGGUCGCCUCUCGGUUCGUUGAAUUUUAACGGUUUGUUGACAAAUUAUACGCAAAGAAAGAAACUUUUCUAUGAGAAUUAAUAUUGACUUUUCCAGUGGAUUUUAAAGUGUGUUUGUGACCAUGGCAAGUCAACCCGAAGUCGGCGUGUCCGACUUCGUACUCUUGGACAAUUUGACUGCUGACAAGUUUAUUGAGAAUUUGCAUUUGAGGUUCCAACACAACAAAAUCUACACAUACAUCGGCGAGGUGCUGGUAUCCGUCAACCCGUACAAGACUUUAGACAUCUACAAUGCACAACACAUGGCCCAGUACAGGGGCAGAGAGAUGUUCGAAGUGCCUCCUCACGUGUACGCCGUCGCGGACGCUUGUCAACGCGUGCUUAGACAACAGGGCAAAGACACAUGCGUACUCAUAUCCGGCGAAUCGGGAGCUGGCAAGACGGAGGCAUCCAAGUUUAUCAUGAAGUACAUCGCAGCCAACACCACACAGGUCCACAGGGAUUAUAUAGACAGAGUAAAGAACGUCCUCAUCCAAUCGAACUCCAUCCUGGAGACAUUCGGCAACGCGAAGACGAAUCGCAACGACAACUCGUCCCGGUUCGGCAAAUACAUGGACAUCCACUUCGACUACAAGGGGGACCCAGUCGGUGGACACAUCAGCAACUAUCUGCUUGAGAAGAGCAGAGUUGUGAGCCUUCAGCAGGGGGAGAGGAACUUCCACGCCUUCUAUCAGCUACUGAGCACAAACAACCCACACACAAAGAAGUUCGGCCUAACAACUAACGCGCAGUAUAAGAUCCUGGGCACGGAGCGAGCAACGGCACAGGACUCCAAACUUUACUCCCUAACGAAUAGCGCUUUUAAUGCCUUGGGCUUCGCGCAGUCUGUGCUGGACGAUAUUUGGAGUAUCAUCGCUGGAGUUAUUCUACUGGGCGAGCUAACAUUCACCGAAACACAAGACGGGCAGCUAAAGAUCGGGGGCCCUGUCAAACAGUGCGUGACAGCUCUGGGGGUCACAGAGGAAGGCCUGCGCGGCGCUAUGGUGGGCCGCGUGUUGUCUGCCGGGGGUGAUCUGGUGUCCAAGGAACAUUCGCUCAGUGACGCUAACUAUACCAGGCUAGCGUUAGCUAAGGCGGCUUAUGAUCGACUCUUCACCUGGAUUGUGCAGCAGAUAAACCGAGCGAUCGAGGUCCCAGCCGGCACAUACAAGAACACGCUGAUCGGAGUGCUGGACAUCUACGGCUUCGAGAUCUUUGACACUAACAGUUUCGAGCAGUUCUGCAUCAACUACUGUAAUGAGAAACUGCAGCAACUCUUCAUUGAGCUGGUGUUGAAACAGGAGCAGGAGGAAUACGCCCGCGAGGGCAUCCAGUGGACGCCUAUCCAGUACUUCAACAACAGGGUCAUCUGCGAGCUGGUGGACGCGCCGCACCAGGGCAUCAUCUCCGUUAUGGACGAGGCCUGCCUCAACCCCACCAAGAUUUCCGACACACAACUCUUGGAGGCGUUAGACAAGCGGCUGGGCUCACACAAACACUACACGUCGAGGCAGCUCGCGCCCACAGACAAGAAACUCAAACACGGAGUCGAUUUUAGAAUCACACAUUACGCCGGUGAUGUGACGUACGCCAUCACAGGUUUCAUGGACAAGAAUAAGGACUCUCUAUGGCAGGACCUCAAACGACUACUGCAUUCGUCAUCAAACGCUUCGCUAGCAGACAUGUGGCCUGAAGGCGGGGCCCACAUACAGAAGACAUCAAAGCGGCCUCCGUCCGCGGCGACGCUGUUCCGCAACUCGAUGGCGGCGCUGGUGACGGGGCUGCAGAGCAAGGAGCCGUUCUACGUGCGCUGCGUCAAGCCCAACCCUAUACAGUCGCCUAACGCCUGGGACGACCAAUUGGUCCGUCACCAAGUGGCCUACCUCGGUCUAGUCGAGAACGUGCGCGUCCGCCGCGCCGGCUUCGCGUCCCGACAGCGAUACGACCGCUUCCUCAAGCGGUACAAGAUGCUGUCCCAGUACACUUGGCCCAACUUCAGAGGGACCAGUGACAAAGAUGCUGUUAUGGUGCUGCUGAAGGAUCUUCAAGUUAACGAUGUUCAGUUUGGACAUACAAAACUCUUUAUAAGGAGUGCAAAGACACUGCACGGGUUGGAAGCCGCACGCGCAGCGCUCAUCCCGUCCAUCGUCAUACUGCUGCAGAAGCUAUGGCGGGGAACCUUGGCGCGCAUGCGCUACAAGAAGAUGAAGGCCGCGCUCACCAUAUACAACGCAUGGAAGCGUUACUGCUACCGGCGCUACAUCGCGGCCAUCCAGCACGAGCUGUACCGCCACCGCAACGUCGUCAAGUCCUGGCCGCCGGCGCCGAGGCGGGUCAACGCCACACUCAUACAGGCCGCCUACCGCCGCUGGAGAGCGUACCUGACCCUGAAACCCAUCCCGCGCGCGCAGUGGCCGCAGCUCAAGAUGAAGAUCUGCGCCGCCAGCGCGCUGCGCUCCAGGCGCAGGGACUGGGGCGCCGGCCGGCAGUGGCUAGGCGACUACUUAGCUGAUGACAAGUACAACCCUAAAGCUGCCUUGUACCGAUCAGCGUUAGCGUCCCUCCAGAAGUCCCAACAGGCCGGGGCCGCGCUGUUCUCCUGUCGCGUCCACAAGUUCAACCGGUACAACAAACUAGCUGAGAGAUGUCUGCUCAUCACGGAUCACAGCAUUUACAAAUUGGAUGCCAAUACCUUCAAAGUGUUGAAAAAACCUACGCCUAUCACUGAGGUGGGAGCGGUUCGCGUGAUGAGUUCGGAUGCGCAGUUGGUGGUGAUCAGCGUGCCGCACGCUAAGAACGACCUCGUGAUCGGUCUGGCGUCCGACUUCGAGCUUGUUGGCGAGCUUGUUGGAGUGCUGGCGAACCGGUAUCACAUGUUGACAGGGUCCGAGUUAUCCGUGGAGGUGGAGAGCGGCGCGACCACGCGCUGCACGCUGGGCGGCAAGUCCCGCGCUCUACAGCUGCCCGCGCCCGCGCCGUCGCCUACAGCCGCGCCCGCGCCGCCCUUCACGCACGCGCACAACGUCAUCACCUACCACCCCGCCUCCGCGCGCGCGUAGCCACCCAUACCAACCACUACUUCACUUAUUACUUAUGUAUACAGCCUGUUACAACCGGUCACCCACCACUCGAAACUGAAAACUGCUCGACCUUUAGUGUGACGCGUGAGCCGGGCCGGAGCGUAACAUACAGAGGGACAGGCUGGCGUGUGUGAGUAAACUCUAUGCAGCGUGGACUCGAGACGUGUAUGAGCUUCAAUUGUUUGACAUGCACGCGCGCCCCGUAAUGACAUUUAGUGUGCACGAGGCCCUUACACUUACUAUUCGCUACGCACACGACUGAUGCUGCUCUCGUUCUGUCGACUUUUCCAUAUUCGAUCAG